UUCAAUGCCCGCGGAGCAGUCACCACCAUUUCUGCUUCUCCGCUCCGUUUUUUCGAGUCUUUCGGAUCGCGAGACCGAGUUAAACCCGAAAGCCCGCAAGCCCUCGGGAUCAGCUAAAAUAAACCGCAAAACCGAUAACAAAAAAUCCAAAAGAAGAAAAAUGUCGUCUCAGUGGCGCGGCUUUGGGUGACAAUAACCCGCCUCCCAUCGGCCCAGGAAUAUCAAUCUCACGUUUCCACCCGAGGGACAACGGGGACUGAUGAUAAAUUACGAAUUAUUGAUUGCCAGGUGGUCGUAACUCCAAUCACGACAUGGCAUCACGCAGAUGGUUUCAUCCGAACAUAUCAGGACUAGAGGCCGAGAAAUUAUUGAUGGAACGUGGAUAUGACAGUUCAUUCCUGGCACGUCCAAGCUCGUCUAAUCCUGGGGAUUUCACACUCUCUGUGAGGAGAAACAGUGAAGUAACGCAUAUAAAAAUACAGAAUACUGGUGAUUUUUAUGAUUUGUAUGGUGGUGAAAAAUUCGCAACACUGUCAGAAUUAGUGCAAUUUUAUAUGGAAAAUGGUGGACAAUUGCGUGAGAAAAAUGGCGAAGUCAUUGAAUUGAAAUAUCCCCUGAAUUGUGCUGAUCCAACGACUGAGCGUUGGUUCCACGGGCAUUUGUCAGCCAAAGAGGCUGAACGUUUGAUGCUCGAGAGAGGAAAGAACGGAUCAUUUCUGGUGCGCGAAUCCCAGAGCAAACCAGGAGACUUUGUACUCUCAGUGAGAACUGACGAUCGCGUGACUCACGUAAUGAUUCGCUCCCAGGACAAUAAGUACGAUGUCGGGGGAGGGGAGAAGUUUGACAGUCUGAGUGAUCUUAUUGAGCAUUACAAGAGAAAUCCGAUGGUGGAGACCAGUGGGAGUGUUGUUCAUCUGAGACAACCAUUCAAUGCCACACGAAUAAACGCAAGUGGCAUUGAGAGUCGUGUAAGACAACUUCACAAAGAGAACGGAUGCUCCAAUGGCUGGACGUGUUGGAAUGGUGGGCCCGAUGGUGAUGAGACUGGCUCUGGUCGUGGUAAAGGAAAGGCUGGCUUUUGGGAAGAGUUCGAAUCACUUCAGCAAUUAGAAUGUCGACACCUGUUCUCGCGCAAGGAGGGACUUAGACCGGAGAACAGGGCCAAAAAUCGAUACAAGAAUAUUCUUCCCUUCGAUCACACGAGAGUAAAACUGAAGGACGUGGAUCCCAACGUAGCAGGAGCGGAUUAUAUUAAUGCUAAUUACAUAAAGAAUGAGGAGGGAGAGGGUUCAUGCACCGGUAUUACGGCCAGUGGUGAUACUUGCAUAUUCAAUAAAUGUUAUAUUGCAACACAAGGCUGUUUACCAAAUACAGUACAAGACUUUUGGCACAUGGUCUAUCAGGAAAAUAUACAAGUUAUUGUUAUGACCACCAAAGAAAUGGAACGGGGGAAGAAUAAGUGCGCUCGUUAUUGGCCAGAAGAGGGUGAAGUGAGUGAAUACGGAGGUGAAUGGAAAGUACGUGCGCUAGCACGUACAUCCACAGCUGAUUACACGUUACGUGAAUUUUUACUGCAAGGAAAUAAGCCAAAUUUCGGAGAGCCACGUAGAAUUUAUCACUACCACUUCCAAGCAUGGCCGGAUCACGGAGUGCCCUCGGAUCCCGGCUGCGUUCUCAACUUCCUGCAUGAUGUCAAUGCGAGACAGGAGUCCAUCGCCGCUGCCUUGAGCUCCAGUGGGCAAUCACUGUCCAGUGUGGGGCCAAUUCUCGUUCACUGCAGUGCUGGCAUCGGCAGAACUGGCACAUUCAUCGUCAUUGAUAUGAUCUUGGAUCAGAUUAAACGUCAUGGACUGGACUGCGAAAUUGACAUUCAACGAACCAUUCAGAGAGUCAGAUCUCAGAGGUCGGGGAUGGUGCAGACCGAGGCACAAUAUAAAUUCGUUUAUCUUGCUGUACUGCAUUAUAUUGAGACUGUGUCACAGAGAAGACAAGCUGAGCAGAAAUCACUCCAAUUGGGUCGUGAAUACACAAACAUUCGCUACAAGAGUGAAACAAACAGUGUAAGCACGGGUCUCCCCGAGUCAGCGUCGUUCGCAUCAACCCCCACCCUGUCAACGACAAAUAAUUUCACUCUGCCCACACCAGUGGGUAGCCUGAGGCCCAAGUAGUUGUUAAUAAACCCUUUAAAUUCUCACACGUGUUCUUCAGCAGGCGCUGAUCCUCUCCUUAAUUUCUGGUAUUUUCUGUCCCUUAAUGCGUUAAGACAACAAUAAUUCGCAUAGAUAAAAGAAAAAGUAUUCGAGUAGAGGCAAUGUAACAGUUGUAAUGCGGAGCAAAGGCUUAUUAAUUUUUUAAGUAAGAAACAAAAAAUGGAGAAAAUAAUACAAUCAAUGAUAGAACGUGUUGAUAGAGGUGAAAAUUUUGAAAAUUGUGAAUUAAGAGCACUGUUAGUUUACUUUGGGGAUUGGGAAAUGAUACAUGACAACUUUAUUUGAUACCGGAGGAAGUUUGUGCACGAAAAUGGGGAAAAUUUGCAGUAAAGCCUAGGGAAUUUGCUUCGACUCUUUACGUAAUUGAAGGAAAUAAUGUGAGAAUAAUUCAAAAGGUAAUGGGCAAGUUAGUGUUGCCAUUGUGAUUGGAUUACACUUAGUAUUACGAUAUUUCGCUUUUCAUUUCCAAUCGAUAAUAUCGAGAUAAUUGUACGAUUAUUUCUCCUUCUGGAAUCUCGGCACAAGUAUGAUGAAGGAAAAAAACGAGAGGGGGAUUAUAUUUUCUUGUUUCAAUUGGAAAUUCAUGAUGUUGCCUUUCAAUAAUGUAUUCAGUACCUCAAGGCUCUCGUAUGGUCGUGAAAUAUUCAAUUCGACAUUCAGUCGAUGCAAGAAUUUAACUUAAAGAAUGAAUUAUAAAUUAAUUCGCGGGUAGAAAAAGAAAAUGGUUGAUGAACUUAUUGUGAGGAAUGCCGGUCAUGAUAAAAAAUUUUAUUUCAUUCACGACGAAUGGAAAAUGUGAUAAAUGUCCUUUAAAUUAGAUUUUUUAUGAAGCUUUAAGUUAAUCAUGGGGAAUGAUUCGAGGCUGGAAAUGUGAAGCUCGAGGAUUAGUGAUUUUUUUUAUUUACACACUCGUGAUUAAUUAUUUUUUUCGUUUCUCCUUUUCAACGAAUGCAAUUUAUUACGUAGGGUUAUCCUGUUUGAGAAAAACAAACACAUGCAUAAUUAUUUUUUGUUCUCUGGGGGUUGCGAUUUUUAAUGGAGUUGUUAUCAAUGUAAUUGGCUCUGACACACGAUACAAUGAUCUGUUUUUUUUAUGUUUUAAUUCUUUUUCUAUCUCAAAGUAUACAAUUUAUCGACAUGAAAAAUAAAAUACUUGGUCUCGUAGACCGUUUUCUCGUUUGUAUACAUAAUAUUUAUGAAAAGAAAGCCUGAUUAUAUCUAGAAAAUGAAAUAAACAAAUUAAUUUUUUCCGUAAAAA